AGGUUACGGUCGGCGUCGCGCCACGGGCAGCUGCUGCUUCAUCCCCUCCCCAGGCGAGCUGCUCUGCUGCUGCUUGUGCUCCCUCCCUCCUCUCACGAGCUCGAUCUGCUGCCGGGUUUCAGUCUUUCUUCUUCUUCUGAAGCGUCGGAAAGCCGUCUUCUUGCCUUGCUCUGAUGGAGCUUGGAGCCGCUUCCCGUAAGCUUCUGGGCAACAACCUCCCUUCGCGCGGCUGCGGCUCUCUCGCCGGGAGACAGAGUCAGAUAGCUCCUCAGACUUUCAAGUGGCGGCCCCCCUCCACACCUUUUCCUCGUUCUCUCAGAGCUUUGUUGAAGGAUCACUACGUCUCCACCGACAGGGUGAAAGGAAUGUCUGCUCAAAAUUCGCGUGAUUUUGAGCUUUCGAGCUUGACGGCUCUGUCCCCGCUGGACGGUCGAUACUGGGGCAAAGUGAAGGAGCUUGCCCCUUAUAUGAGCGAGUAUGGGCUCAUCUACUUCCGGGUUCUUGUCGAGAUUAAGUGGUUGCUGAAGCUUUCAGAAAUUCCUGAAGUUGUCGAAGUUCCAAGGUUCAGUGAUGAAGCUCGGUCUUUUCUGCAAGAACUGAUUGAUGGGUUUAACUUGGAUGAUGCUCAAGAAAUAAAAAAUAUUGAGAGAGUCACUAAUCAUGAUGUAAAAGCAGUGGAAUACUUCUUGAAGAAGAAAUGCCAAUCACAACCAGAGGUUGCUAAGGUGCUUGAGUUUUUCCAUUUUGCUUGCACCUCUGAGGACAUUAAUAACCUUGCACAUGCAUUGAUGCUAAAAGAGUCCAUGGACGAAGUCAUACUUCCUGCAAUGGAUAAAGUGAUCAGCGCGAUAGCUAUCAUGGCUGAGAAUAAUGCUCACAUUCCGAUGCUCUCUCGAACACAUGGUCAGCCUGCUUCACCGACAACUUUGGGGAAGGAAAUGGCUGUUUUUGCAGUCAGAUUGAGCAGAGAGAGGAAUAAAAUAUCUCAGGUUGAAAUCAUGGGGAAGUUUGCCGGUGCAGUUGGCAACUAUAAUGCGCAUCUCUCUGCCUAUCCUAGUAUCAACUGGUCAGGUGUGGCCGAAGAAUUCACAAAAUCUCUGGGAUUGAACUUUAAUGGUUAUGUGACUCAGAUAGAAUCUCACGACUACAUGGCAGAACUGUUCGAUUCGAUCACCAGGUUCAAUACCAUAUUGAUUGAUUUUGAUCGGGACAUCUGGGGCUAUAUUUCAUUGGGUUACUUCAAGCAGAUAACGAAGGCGGGUGAAAUUGGGUCAUCAACAAUGCCCCACAAAGUGAAUCCCAUCGAUUUUGAAAAUAGUGAAGGUAAUCUUGGCAAAGCCAAUGCCGGUCUAUCUUUCCUGGGCGAGAAAUUGCCCAUUUCCCGGUGGCAGCGGGACUUAACUGAUUCGACCGUUUUAAGGAACAUGGGUGAAGGAUUGGGACAUUCUCUUCUUGCUUACAAGAGUGCAUUGCAGGGAAUUGCAAAACUUCAGGUAAAUGAAACGCGUUUGAAUGCGGACUUGAAUCAAUCAUGGGAGGUUCUUGCCGAGCCAAUACAAACGGUUAUGCGAAGAUUCGGUGUUCCUGAACCGUAUGAAAAGCUGAAGGAACUGACCAGAGGAAGGGCUGUUUCUGAGGAAAGCAUGAGGGAGUUUAUAGAACGACUAGAAUUACCUACCGAAGGGAAAAUAAGGCUCGUGAAGAUGACUCCUCAUUCUUAUAUUGGGGCAGCUGCUGAGUUGGCGAGGAAUGUAAAUACAGCCAUAAGCUUGGGGAAUCGGAUGAAGGUUCUAUGAAAACUGAAACCAGAAAUUUCUUUUUCGGAAAUUUCGGUUCCUGUUGUUUGUUCGGAAUCAUUACGAGGGCUAUUGAGCCAAACAGAGCAAUGCGGGAAAGCCCUGAAGUAGGGCAAGGAAAUAAGAAAUACAGCCAAUGUCUGUAUAAAAAUAUUCUGAAAUUUCAUAAAGCAAAUUUUGGGAAUAACUCGGUGUAUUAUUAACGAGGUGCCCUCAAACCUCGGUUGAUAUGUAUUGAGGAUAAUUAAAUUGGAAUUCGACUGAUUUUCAUUUCAAAAA